GAUAUAUUGUUUCUAUGGCGAAAAUUUCUUUCCAGAAUAAAAAUAAGCGUCAAUGUAAAAGGAGAAACAAAAACAAUACAUUCAAGAGAAUAUCUUAAGAAAAACUAUAGGAAUUAUUGGGGUUUUUCUAAUGAUUUGCAAAAUAAUAUUCGUAGCUCUCGUUUUGCGAGACGUGAGUAUCCUAGACAACAACAAUGGCUGCCUGCAUUAGUAAAUGAAUGAAAAAUAUUAAUCUCUGGCGGUUUUCUUGCAUUGAAGCUCAGUAACUGUUGUAAUUUUGUGUUCAAAUUACAGUGAAUUUUCAAACAAAAAAGAUGGUUCUAACAGAUCUUCCGUUUGAAAGAAAUGCCCUCAUACACAGUAGAUACAGUGCAAUCUGUCGACCAGGGAGUGCCCCACCAUUAAAUGCAGAAGAAGAUGUCCAGAAAUCUUCUUCCAAGGAUUAUGCUGCUUUCCUAAAAGACCAGGAGAGGAAAGUUGGACCGGAUGGAUUUUUAGAUUCAAACAAAUACUCCCAUUCAUUUCUUCUGAAAAAAGAUGCUAGUGGACGACGAAGGGCAGCCAGUGUCUCGGGUCACUCCUCAGUAGUCACUCUUACCGCUCGCAUUCAGCAAGACAAGAAAGAUUACCAAAGACGAAUUAAAGUCAUAGAGGACCAUAUGUGGCAACACAAGCAGGAGGAAAGAGAAUUAAAGAGAACGGAGGGAGACAUCAUCAAAAAUCAGAGGACCGUCAGACACACAUUAAGGGAUUUUGAAAAUGCUAUAAACAAGAAGAGAAUGGCAGAAGAAAAGAAGCUAAGUCAGGGACUAGAGAAAUACACAGUACUUAGAAGAGACCAUGUUCACAAAAAGGAAGAUUUAACAAAGAGUCGUACACAGAAUAAUGUUCAUGCUAACCAGACUUUCAAAGAUCAGGAUAGAAAAACUCAGCUUUCAAAGUCAGACCUAUCAAGGCAGUACAAGUCCAAGAUGAGUGAACUGGAUCUAAAGAGGACAGAGGUCAUGAGAAUGAGUACUGACUAUGAAGUAAAGAUGAAAAAGAAAGAGGAGGAACAGUUCAGAUUGAAGCAAGAGUUAGCUGAUCUAGCGAUCAAGCUAAACAUGGAGGCUCAGAAAGGGAGAAAACAGAAGUUUGAUAAAGAGAAAGAAAGAAGGAAAGACCAAACGAAUAAGAUUCAGGAGGAUUUGACAGCUGAGAGAACAGUUGAAAAUAAAUUAAUGAGAAGUGAUGGAGAUACAAAAGCAGCAGAGUCCACCAAGAGGAAACUUAGUGCUGAUUUAACUGUAACAAAAUCUCAUCUAGACAUCAAAAAACGAGAUGAACAGAGACAUCUUACAGAUACUCAAUUCCGCCUAGUAGACAACUCUAACAUACAGAAACAGUUAAAUGAAGCAGCAGAAUAUGCAGAGAUGGAUCUUAAGGCUAAACAAAUAGACAAAAAUGUUGAUGCUCAUAACAUGAGAAGAAUACAUUUAAUGAAUUCUUCAUUGAAAUCAAGAAAAGAAAAAGGUGCUCAACAUGAAGAAAUAUGCCAGUCCAGGUUUAAAAAGAGAUACAAUGAAAAACAGCGUUUAGACCAUGAAGAUUCCCUCAAGUUUUUCCAGAAAAUGGUAACAAAGGGUGAUGAGAUGGAACACUCCUUGUACAACAAGAUGAGGAAUGCGGAGUAUGCUCGCCAGAAACAGGAACAGACGGUCAGACGAAUGCAGCAGCAGUUGGCAGACCUCAAACGGAAAAAUGCCAUCCGAGUCAAGACCGAGCUUGCUGAGACUCAUCGAGAAGAGAAGGAUCUCGAGCAGUCACUUAUCAGAGAAAAGGCAGAACUGGACAAGGUGCAUUCACAAAGAGAGGAUAGUUAUGUAAAACUACAGAAGCAUCGACAGAAUUUGAAGGAAGACAAACACAUCUUAAUGGAGCACGAAAGAGAGCAUACCAGGCUGCUGCGAAUAGGAGCAAAAACGGAUAUAUCUACCGAAGCCUACUGAGAAUAUAACUAUCAUUGAUUGUUUGAAAAGAUCGGGUACAUUUUACCCAAGUUCCUGUGUGACAACUCUGUGGUCAUCCAAGUGUUUUGCUUACAUUGCCUUCGUGAUUGUAGCCCAAAAGUUUCAGUUGAAGCAGGGUCACCAAAGUGUUUUGCUACAAGGUGCAGGGUCAUCUUCAUGUUUAACAGAUGCAUGAAAACAUUUGAAAUGUUUGUGUUGCCUUUCCACCCGCUGCAUGUUUGAAUCUCUUGCAAUUUUGAGCUCAUUGUUAUCAGAAAAUGUAUCAAUACUGUUAGCAUUUCAUGAGACCUAUGAGAAGAAUUGUAGCUUUUUUUUCUAGUCACCAUGUCCUCUCUCAGUUGAAUAACCUUAAAUUAUGCUAAGGUGUUGUUUCAAUAACUAGCACAUAAUUGCUUUAACUUGGUUACCCAAAAGUAAACAUUUCGUCUCACAAAUACAGUAUGAGAAAAUAGCACAGAUUAUGCACUAGGUCUUCAUUUUAAUUCUCAGGAUACUGAAAAUGAGAUAUUUUAUCCUUGCUGUGUUGCUCUUGAAGUAUCAGAUUAGCACCUUAUACAAUAUAGCUGUAAUUGUUAAAGCAUGUAAAGUUUCUUAUGAAACUACAUAAAAAGCCCUAACAUAUUUGACAAGAUUGCAUUAACUGUGGAGAGCUUGAGCUUCAUUAAUUGUCUGGUUUAUAACACAUACUUGAUUUUCCAUAACCUUGGCAUGAAUGUUGUCCCAUUAUACUAGCAGUUGUCUGUCGUAUAUGCACUAAAAACACAUGAAUAGAAAAUGUUUGAAAAUAACCCGAGUGUAUUUUGUAACCUUAAUUUUUCCUGUUUACUAUCCAGAUACACUUGUAUAUGUGUAUGUUUUGGGCUGUUUGGUGCUACAAGGCAGGGAUUAGCUUUUCCUUUAUUUUUAACAAAAUCCAAUGCAGGGUUAUUCUUUCAAAUGAAAACAUGUUGCAGUUUUAUUCUUAUCAUUUCUGCAAGGAUGGAUAGUAAGAUUCUGGCCAACAUUUCAAACCUUGGAAAUUAACAUGUUAUCUUCAAUAGGUGUGUAUGUGUGUCUCUUAGCUAGAUGAAUCGCCCUGUAAAAUCAGAUCAUGGAUUAUUUAAUACAAGCAUUUAAACUGACACAUCUCCAAUAAACAAGUGUCAAUUUCAUACCAAAUAUCCAUAACCCAGUCAAGCUGGUGACACACAGAUGUAUUAAUCUGCAUUAUACUACUUUUCAUGGGUUUUUUAAAAAGUUAUUUAAUAUAAAUCUAAUAAUGUGAUAAUUUUAACAUGAUUUCACAUGUGCUGAAGAAUUUAGAUUUUGAUUUAAAAGUCGGUUUAGAAUCCUGUUUAUUGUUUACAAACCUAGAAUGAAGCAGGAUAUAGUGAAUGCCUCCAAGUUGAGUUCAACUCCUCAGUCCCUUUAAGAUGUUGAAUUCAAACACUUCAUAGAAGCAGUUGAAAUUCUUUGUGUUCUUUCUGCACUUUGAGUAACAGAAAUGUGAUUGAUGAAAUGGUGAAGAAGUCACAAAUCAAAUUCUUUCUGUAUGCGAGAUUAUUUAUUGCAAGCAUUGUUGUAUCCACAAAAACGUUUAUUUUAAAAAUAUUUUCAUCCAUGUGUAGAGCCCUAUUUUGAUUAAUGAUGAAGAUUUUUUGCCUGUAUAUUUUCAAUCACUCCGUGCCUCCAUGUCAUGUGCCAACAUAAACUAGAUCUGUCUUGGGAUUUUGUUACAAGGCCUUCACUUUGAAGACAAAUGUUAUCUGUGAUGUUUUACAAAACAGAGAAAUUACUGUUUUCUGAUUUAUGUAACUUUUUUAUUUUCAGGCUGUGAGAAUUUUUUUUUAACUUUGACAUACAUAUCUUAAUUUUUCUAACUAUGUUCUCUUUACCUUUUAUUAUGAAUAAAAAAAAACCACCGCUCAACCA